AAGGCAAGUUUUAAUCCUAGUGUUUCCAUAGUCCAAUCUAUGAUGACUAUAUACGCUGAUAGAGCUGAUCAUCUGAAGCGAGUCGCCCCCCGGGGUCUAUUUCCAGUCAAGUUGGGUUCUGGAAUUCCCCUCCGCCGGAGUUGCCGCCCGGAAUCGUAAUUCGAAAAUGGCAAAAUCUUCCACUGUGAGAGUCGCCACCCGGGGUCUACUUCUAGUCAAGUUAGGUUUUGGUAUCCCCCGCCCCAAACCCUCUUCCUCCCCCACACUAAUUGGCCGUCACCGCGUCUCUCCUAUAUUCUCUUCUGUAAAUCGCAGCGUUUCCGUUCACCUACAACAACAUAUUAAUAAUCGGUUUUCGUCUCUCACCCAUUUGCUCUCCUCACCUCGACCCCAGCUAUGUUCUCGACGGCUUCUACUCAAAUCCGCUUUCUCGAAUGGGGAUCGUCUGUCCCCUCCAAACCCGGCUUUUUCUCCAAAGAAAUCUUCAUUGUCGUCAUCACCAUCGUCAUUUAUUUCUCCAUACCCCAAGCAUAAUUCAUCGAGCCAGUUGAAGCCCCUCUUUGCAUAUUCUUCCAAAACCCUCUUUGGGUUUGGCGGUGAACUAAGCACCAGGGUCAGGCGUUUGUCUUUCAGAACCCCCGAUAUCGGUAAAAUCAACGCAAAAACUGUCCUUGACAGACCCAUAUCUGUUGUUCGGUCUGCUUUCUCGCGGUACCGAGAGGCUAUUGGAUUGCAGAUUGAGGCGUUUUGGAGGAGGAACUACCUGGUGCUGUUGGGGGCUGGAGGAGUUCUGAUUUGCGCCCUCUUGUGGAGGGUUAUGUUUGGAAUUGCGAACACUUUUGUUGGGAUCUCUGAAGGCAUGGCCAAGUAUGGGUUUCUUGCUCUGUCCGCUGCUAUCGUUGCAUUUUCUGGCAUGUAUGUCCGUUCAAGAUUGACCAUAAAUCCUGAUAAAGUUUAUAGAAUGGCAAUGAGGAGGCUUAAUACAUCUGCGGGAAUUCUUGAGGUUAUGGGUGCCCCACUCUCAGGAACAGAUUUAAGAGCAUAUGUGAUGUCAGGAGGCGGGUUAAUGCUGAAGAAUUUCAGGCCAAGCCUUAGGAGUAAGCGUUGCUUUCUUAUUUUUCCAAUACAGGGCUCUGAGAGGAAGGGCCUUGUAAGCGUUGAAGUCAAGAAGAAAAAGGGACAGUAUGAUAUGAAGCUUUUGGCAGUUGACAUUCUCGUGGCAGCAGGGCAGGUCCAGCGUUUAUUUCUGAUUGGGGAUGAAGAGGAGUACAAGGUUGGUGGUGGGUUGAUAUCUGAAUUAAGAGAACCGGUGGCAAGAGCAAUGGCAGCAGAGAAGGAGUUUGAGGAUCUUGACCAGAUUGAAGACGAGGAGGAUGCAGAAAGGGAACUGCAGGAGGCAGAGCGAAAGCACCGUGAGGAAAUGGAAAGACUUGAAAAAGAUGGCUGAUGGUGAUCAAUUUAGGUUUUUUUUUUUUUAAUAAAUAAUUUUAGAUCUUUGUUGUUUUCGUUUUUCCUAAUGGAGUGAUAUUCAUAAUCUUCAUCAUCAUCGUCAUUAUUAUGAAAACAUCCAUCCCCCAUCAAAUCUCUUAUCAGAAAUUGGGCAUUGAUAGAAGAGAUUUGAAAUUGAGUCCCACUUACAGAUACUAUGUUUGCAACAAUAGUAUCGUUUACUGGCUUCGUUAUAUAUGGAAAGCAUAACAUUAUAUUGUGAUGCAA